CGAAUAUGCUAACGCGGGAGGAAUGGAGUGUGGCGUUGGCACCGCUGUGGAAGGAGUACUACAUGACAGAGGACGAAAGUGACAUCAAUGACGCUGAGAUGUUUCCUGCCUUGCUGGGAUUCAAGGAUAUGCUUCGGGAGAGUCGCAAGCCGGAUGGUUUCUUGGCCCAUUACAACUUGUCCGAUGUGGACGUGGUCACGAUUCCGUGUAAGCACUUGUUUUCGCUGUUUGGCGACGACGCACACGAUUGCUUUGUCGUCGGGUACGACCAUUACCUGCGCAGUUUGGGGUUGGCGUUGUGCAUGCUGCGCCACGAAGACGAACUGGACACGUCCGAGUACGACAUCCACCCCCGGCCACGCAUGGAGAUGCACACCGAGAAGAUCAACGUGCGGAUCGUAGGGCUGGAGCCGGAGACGUCGAUCGGGGACCUAAAGGCGCACGUGGUGGACCAGUUUGUGUCGGUCACGGGCACCGUCACGCGCGUGAACGCAAUCAAACCCCUCGUCGUGCACUGCGAGUUCCUCUGCGAAAAGUGCGAAGGCGUCACGGAACGGUACUUUCCCGACGGCAAGUACGACCCGCCCGCCUCUUGCGGCACGUGUCGCAGUAAAUCCACGCUCAUUCCCAACCGAAGCGCGGCCAAGACGGUCGAUUUUCAGAAAAUCAAAAUUCAAGAAGUAGACAACGGGGACGCCGCCGCGGGUCGCAUUCCACGCAUGGUAGAAGUGGAACUCACAGAAGACUUGGUGGAUUCGUGUGUGCCUGGCAGCAUCGUCACAAUCUGCGGACCCGUCAAAGCCGUCAACUCGGAAGUGCACAGCGGCCGCUUUGGCAAGCAGGCGCAAGCGAGCAGUUUGUAUGUGCUGUACAUUGUCGCCAACUCUGUCGUCAACCACAACCAGGCCGAGACGUCCAAGGAAGACACGGCGGAAUUCUCGCCCCAGGAUCUGGAUGCGAUUUACACCAUCGCACACGACGACCAAGUGUUUGACCGCCUCAUCCAUUCGUUUUGUCCUGGAAUCUAUCGCAAUGAACUGGUCAAGGCGGGUCUGUUGUUGGCGUUGUUUGGAGGUGCCCAGAAGAAAGAAGAUAACGCAGUGUUUACUCGAAGUGACUCGCACGUGUUGCUAGUGGGCGAUCCAGGCUUGGGGAAAAGCCAAAUGCUUCGAGCCGUGUCCAUGAUCACUCCUCGGGGGGUGUACGUCGGCGGCAACACGGCCACGACCACGGGCCUCACGGUCACGAUGGUCAAGGACUCGUCCGGGGACUACGCCCUCGAAGCAGGCGCGCUCGUGUUGGCGGACCAGGGGGUGUGCUGCAUCGACGAGUUCGACAAGAUGGCGUGCGACUACCAGGCGCUGCUGGAAGCGAUGGAGCAGCAAAGCAUCAGCAUCGCCAAAGCUGGCAUUGUGUGCAACUUGAACGCGCGGACGUCCGUGAUUGCCGCCGCCAACCCAUCCGGCGGCCACUACAAUCGCAGUCGCAGUGUGAGCGAGAACCUGAAAAUGAAGGCCGCGUUGUUGUCUCGAUUCGACUUGAUUUUCGUGCUGUUGGAUCGCCCAGAUGCGUCGAGGGAUGAGCUUCUGUCUGAGCAUGUGAUGCACAACCACUUGGCGCACCCGCACAAGCGCCAGCGACGCCACGACCCCCACCCACGUUUCACACAAUUGGCCACCCAAGCCGAGACAGACGUGACGUUGAAGCAACGGUUGGUCGCGAAUUCCCUCGAGAUGCAGGACGACCCGAUCAGUCUGUACCAUAUUCGGCGAUACAUUGCCUACGCGCGCAAGUACAUUCACCCGCAACUAUCGCAAGAAGCGCGGCAGUACCUCCAGGACAAGUACCUGCAAAUGCGGUCGGACGCGGAAACGGCGGCCGGCGACGGCAUCCCCAUCACGAUGCGGCAGCUCGAGUCGUUGAUUCGACUGGCCCAAGCCCGCGCCAAGAUCGAGCUCCAGGACGUUGUGACUGUCCAACAUGCAUACGAUGUGGUGGAGAUCAUGCAGGAGUGCUUGCUGGACACGUACACGACCGAGGAAGGGCACUUGGACUUCGGACGCAGCGGCGGCAUGAGCCUCGCGAAGAAGGUCAAGGCGUACGUGGCGCGACUGAGGAAGAGCGUCGCUCAGCGCAACAGCCAGCUCUUUUCCAUGGACGAACUGCUCCAAGUGGCCAACAGCAUGGCGCUGGACGUCGACGACUUUCGAGACUUCGUCGAGAUCCUUCGCAACGAAUGCUUUGUGCUCAAACAAGGGGUAAACGUGUACAAGGUUCAAAUCUAACGAUCGAGCAGCCAACACUGAAAGUAUCAUGUCCUUCAAAGUAUGGCCAGUUUAUGGUGCACGGGGCAGUUUAAGGUACACUCAAAUUGGCCAAUGGAAUUG